UUGUAUUUAGGUGAAAAGCUGACCUUCCGUUGUCAAGAUGCUUCCGAUGCUGCUUACUGCCGUCAAUCUGGCACUUUUGAGACAUUCUUAGCUAAAUACCAUAAAGACGGCUAUAAAGCAAAAGCAUAUAUUCAUCAGAUGAUCUCACGAUGCUACGCCACGUCCAUCUGCAAUACUCAGACAGGAAUUUUAAAUUCAACAAUAAUCAAAGAGGAAGUUCCAGCCGAAAACACCACAAGGGUUUGUUUCCUUUUCAAAAUUACGCCAUCUAGAACAUAA